GCAGGGGAGGGCCUUUCCUUUCCAUGCCCGCGCUUCUUUCCGCGAGUGCGCGAGCGCCGAUAUCGCGCGCUUCCUGCCGACCGCGACCCCGGCCCCGGCCUGCCUGAGGUCGUAACCAGUAGCCAGUAGCCGUCCAACUAGUCAGGGAGUGCGUCCAGCAGCCGCCAGCCGCCGCCGUCAUGCUCGUCCGCUCCAAAGCCGUCCUCGCCGCCUGCUUGCUCGUCGCGCUGCUGCCGAGUGGCAAUUUUUUAAAUCCCAAAGAUGACAUAUACAUUGAUGAUGAUACACUGGAAGGUUCUGGAGGAGGAAAUGAUGAGGUCAAAGAUGAUCUGGAAUCAAGUGGGUCUGGAAUGGGAGAUGAUGAUGAAGAUACCACCGAGGGAUCAGGUGGUAGACCUCCUAUUGUAGGUACUCCACAGAUACCUCUAGUACCUUCAAAACCAGUUGAAGAAAACAUAGCCACCGUGACAAAAGUGAAACCUGUCGACACUCCGCCACAGAGUCCUGUAGAGGUCACUGGAGUUGGAAACGAGCCUCCUGAAAGCCCAGAAGAAGACAAGGAAGUACGAACUGAAAUUGAUGUGCACAAAGAUCCGACGGUAGUCAUGAACCCUAAGCAGGAAGACAGAGCAACAUCCUUCUUUGCCCAACCGGGUAUUUUAGCAGCGGUGAUUGGAGGUGCUGUUGUUGGUUUGCUGUGUGCUAUACUUGUUGUGAUGUUCAUCGUGUACAGAAUGCGGAAGAAGGAUGAAGGUUCGUACGCUUUAGAUGAGCCGAAGCGUUCACCAACUGUCAAUUCAUACACAAAAAAUUCCAACAGAGAAUUUUAUGCUUGAAGUGAAUUUUAAAUGACGGUACUGGAAAGGCAUUGUUCCAUAAAAUUGAUGGAAUUGGUCUAAUUCCAUGAACCCAAAUUUUUGGGGGGAGUAUGAAGUUUAAUGCAUUUCCAAAGAAAAGAGCAAGAACUGCAUUUAUGGAAAGUGUUGAAUGCAAUUGCCAGUCACAACAGGACCAUAUGGAAAUUACAGCCAACACAGUUUUUGAAAUGAUAGACUGAAGAAAGGUUUUGUGUAAAUGAGUUUCUUUUAAUAUUAUUUCAGAAGGUGGUAAAAGUGAGGAAAUGGCACUGUUAUUUUUGGUAAAAGUUAUGUUUAGAAUUAAUUGAUAAAACCUUUUAUUUUUGUCUAGAGUGAUACUUACAUUAUAAAAGUGUGCUGCUCUCUUUUUACACCAACACAAUUUGUCACAUUAUUAAAGGAACAUAUCAUUUUAUAAUAAUGCACACAGUAUCAGUGUGAGAAUUUUGUUGGUAUAUCCUACACUAAUAUUGAAGCGUAUUUAUUUUUAUCUUAUAUAAUGCCAUUACCUCCUUUUACCAACUGCUGCAAGAAAAUUUUCAUAAUGAAAUGAAUGCAUCUCAGAAUUGUACACAGUUCUGGCUUCAAGAUGACCCAGUGGCUCUUUCCUAUGUCUACAUGAAAUGUAGAAGAGACAUUGCAGUUUCAUGUUGCAACAUACCGUUUCUACUAUGAAUGUUAACUUAUCUAGUGUUUUACAGCCUUUACAAUUCAAGCACUGGGAAUAUAUGUAUAUAUUUUGUAAGCUGUUUGUGUAAAGGUUAUCAAGUUUUAAUGCUCACCAAAAAGGCCACUCACUGUGUUGUCAUAUAACAAGCUGUUUCUAUUCCUCUCGUGCCGCAAAUUGAUAUCCUAUUCGAUGUUUCAUUUUGUACAACUGCACUCAGAUUGAUGCAUUAUUUAAUUGUAUGGUGUAGUAGUCUACUGUUCUGAAGACGUCCAGAUGGGAUUUGCAUUCCAGAAGUUUUCUAGUAGGCAGUUCAUAUCUAAAAUUGGAUUACACAUUUUAUAUGUAAAAUGCUUAAUCACCCAUAAUGUAAGUGUGCAUGCAUUUUGUAAAUGAGAGGUUUUAGCACACCACUCUGAUGGAAAAGUCAGGUCAAAAAAUGCCCUUCAGUGCUAAAAAAACUAAAUUAAAUUAUAUUAAUUGAUCCAUUACCGCCAGCAGUUUUAAAGAUAUUCUGAAACUUAUUCUGCAAGCAUAUCUGGGAAGUUCACUUGUGGACCAUGUUUCUAAAAGCACAACAUUGUAUUAGUCUUUACUUCUUGUGUUUCACACAGGAUUAGAACUACUGAAACGUGACAAAUUAAGAACACCAAUAGUUGAAAUUAUGAUCUAGCACCUUUAAUGAAAUUUGCCAAUGCAUAAAUAUACAUUUGAGUUUUCAGAGCUGAAGGUUUUUCUCACACUUUGAUAUGCUGAACCACAAAAGGGCAGCAGAGAUCUGAUAAAGAAAGCAGCACAGGGAAAGGUUAAUGGUUUAAGACCUGUGUGUGUGUGUGUGUGUGUGUGUGUGUGCACAAGAAAGGGAACAGUCAGUAUGCCACUAGUGUCUAUUCUAGUGUGUCUGGUGCCACUUUGGUCCUGUUGACUGAUGAGUUGGAGUGAAUUAACCUUCCCAUGUCUUCUUCAUAUUCUAAAUAAGAAGCUUUUGGUUUCUGAAACUCUCAAAUCAAGCACAUGCUUUGUUUCCUGUUGGCUGGAUCACAAGUUCAGCUUCUGGUGAUUAAAAACUUUUUAAUCUGUCUGUAUUCAGUUUUGAACAAAAUUUUAUCACUUGUGUUUUCAUCAUUAUUAUUAUUAUUAUUACUACUUUUAUAUUUUGAACUUUAGACUACUGUCAUAUGUUGUUACUGGGCAUUGAAAAUAAGAAAUAAAAAUGGCACCUGUAUAAAGCCUUAGAGUUAGAUAUUUUUAACAUUAUUUUGCUUGUUUAAUUACCAUAGUUCAAGACUCGGACAUUACAAACAUAGAGAUAUAUAUGUUUAUUACUAGUUUAUUUCAAAAUUAAUUUUUUUGGAACAUCACGUCGCUGAUAAUGUGUGUUCUUUUUGAAAUAACAUUGUGAUUUGUAUGUAUAUUUGUAUGAAUGUGUCUGCGUAAAUACACAUGAUGAAUUACAGUAUGGCCAUACCAGUCAGUUUGCAUCUUUCAAAAAGCCUCGACUAUGUUAUCUGGUUUACCUUAUGGAAAAGUGGGUAUGAAUAUUUCUGUCCCUAUUAUUAGACCUCUGCAAGAUAAAGACAUGAAAGCAUAACAGUACCCAUGUUAUGCAAAUUUGAAAUCUCACAAAAUCCUCCAGACUUUUAUUGUUUGAAAGAAUGUAUUUUCAGUGUCAAAUGUUUACCUGGUGUGAUAUGAAUGAUGCAUUUAUAAUGUGAUUUGUGUUGAUUCCUAAUACCUGCUGUUAUACUGUAAUGGCGAUUUGGGUCCAUUACUCAGUCUGAGUUCGAGAUUAUCAUAAAUAACAAGCACAUUGUGCACUCUGUAAUAUAAAAUAAUUUGGUUUAGUGUAUGUUUUGAGAUGAAAGUGGCUGUCAGUUUUAGGAGUCACUUUCAGUUUAAAUAACUCUGGAUACUGCCUUCUUUUUACCAAUGAAAAGUCUUCAGCAUUACAAAUUAAGGUUUUGAGCUCAUUACUUUUCAUAAAACUUUUUACUAUGAGAAAUGUGUUGCUUCUUUUAAAAAUAUUUCUUUUUUGUUUUGUUCUUGUUUUCCAAAUUGGACAAAAUAAGUUAAAAGUAGGAAAUUUUGUUCUGAAUACUGUUAUCAUUUAUAUGCUGUGAGUAACACAAAGAAAUGUACUAUACUGUAUAAAUAAUGUAUUUAUACUGUAUAAAUAAAUUUUGAUUUAAAUUAAGGA